UACUCUUUUUGUUUUGUGAAAAGUGCCUCCUAUGAACCUGGCUUCUCAUCCCUAUUCCACUCCUAUUCUUGCCCUGUAUUCAUUGGGCAGCAGCCUUUUUUUUUUUUUUUUUGGUAGUAUCUAUGAAGCUCCAAACUGUUAUAACAAAUAGGAAUUUUAUAUCAGAAUAGGUAAUGGAAUACCAGGAGGACCUCUGAUGGUGGUCAGGCACCAGAUGUACAGAAUUUUAGAUGCACAGGCUAGAAUAAACCUAUCCAAUUCUGGAGUGAUCUAAGUUGAGGCCAUUACGAUAGUGGGCCAAAUCAAGCCAGGGGCCUAUUUUUAUAAAUAAAGUUUUAGUAGAACCAGCCAUGCCCAUUCAUUUACAUAUUAUCUAUGGCUACCUUCUAGCUAAGAUGGCAGAAUUGAGUAGCUGAAACAGAGACCCAAAAGCCUAAACUAUUUACGGAAUUUUACAGAAGAAAUUUGCUAACAGUUAUCUAGAUCAGCAUUCCCCAAAGCAGUUCUACAGAGCACUAUUGUCCAGGAGAAAAUAACUUUGCUUUUGGGAAAGGGUUAUAUAGUCAUUUUAGACCAGAAAAUGCUGGAUUAAACCAAGUUAAACAGCCUUUUUUUUUCUUUUUUUACUAUAGGUCAUUUCAGAUCCUUUCACAUGCUACAUGCGUUGAGAAACUCUAAAAGGAGAUAGAGGGUGUAUUCCCUUUAACUUAUUUGACCACUGGACUUCUUUUCCACAGCUUUCUUACUAAUACCUUGCAAAAUCGUGUUCAAAGGAACACUUAUUUGAGAAAUGCUAACUUAGACAUUCACUUGACAGAAGUUUGAACUUGAUAACUGACUCCUUGGAUUAUUUUUCUAGUUGCAUAAAGUGAAAAACUAUGUAAUAUAGUAUUUAAGCAUAUGGACUAUGGCUUUAGACAAACCUUAAUCUUAAGUAAGUCUCUAUCACUUACUAGCUGUUGAACUUUGGACAAAUUAUCUAAUGCGAUAAGCAGGACUGACUACAUAAUUGAUGGGCUAUGCUACAAAAUGAAAACACAGGACCCCUUGUUCAAAAAAUAUUAAAUCCAAGAUAGCAACAGCAGAGCAUUAUACCAAUGGGCCCUUCUGAGCACAAGACCUGUGUGCAGAUUGUAUAUGCAUGAACUUAUAACCCUGGUAACAAAUUUCAGUUUCCUCAACUAUAUAAUGUGGAUAAUACCUACUUCAUGGGAUUAUUGCAAGAAUUCAAUCAGAAAUAUAUAUAAAGAGCCUAGUAAAAUAUCUGGCACAGAAUAGGCAGUAAUAAAUGACUUGUUUUUAAUUCAAAAGUAUUUAUAGCCAUAUUCAAUAACCUAUUUGUUGAGUGUCUACUAUGUGCCAGGCACCACACUAGGUACUUAGGAUAUUAUGGUGAAGAAUACAAAUAAGGUCCCUGUCUUCAUGUAGAUUAUUGUUUAGUGGGAAACACAGAUAAAAAAUAAACAACUGUUAAUUAUGAUAAGAGCUAUAAAGUGAAAACAAGGUGCUGGGAAAGGAAAUAAUAGAGAGGAUCUGCUUUAAAUUGGGUGGUCAAGCAAGUCCUCUUCUAGGAAGUAAUGUUUAAGUUGAGAUCUGAAGGAUAAAAAAAAAAAAAAAAGCUAUCCAUGGAAAUAGCAGAAAGGGUGUUCCAGGCAGAGAGAAAAGCUACUGGAAGGGCCCUGAAGUGGGAAAGAACAUGGCAUUUGUGAGAAACUAAAAGUAAGCUAGUGUGUCUUUAGAGACUGAGAAGGUGAGUGAUUUGUGGCACACCUUGUAGGGUAAGGUUUUGGAUUUUAUACGAAGUGCAAUGAAAAGCUUUUGAAAGGUUUCAGGUAUGGUAGUCACAUGAUAUAAUUGAUAUUUUUAGAAGAUCAUGUUGGCUGCUGUGUGGAGAGGAGCCAUAGAUAAGCUAGAGUAAAUGAAUAGUAGGAGUCUAUUUCUUUCUCCAGGAAACAGUUAGUAGUACCUUGUAUUUGGUUGGUAUUUGAGAAUGUAGUGAUAAAUAAGUGUAUUGAAGGCUUAUGAUAGGCCUUGUUGAUUGGAUGUGGAGGAUUCAAGGGGAAAAAAGAAAUAAAGAAUGGCUCCUAAUAUUUUUCUGGGCAACUGGGUGACAUCCUUUAAUUGAGAUGACAUGCCUGUGGAGGGUUUUUUUUUGGGGGGGGGAGGGCACCCACACAGAAAUCCAGAGCUCAGGUUUAGACAUGUAAAAUAAGAUGUCCAAGUGGAGAUGGUGAUAUUAGUUAUAGCUGUUGUUUUGUAUUGUUGUCUAGGAUUCUGUGAUUACUAACUCUUGGUGUCACCUCAUUAGAUUCCCGGGAAAUAUUUAGAAAACAUCUGAAAGAAAAAUACCUAAACAUAGGAGUCCAUAAAUGUUAUCAUCAUGGCAAUCAUAUAGAGUCACGGCUGCUUCUUGUAAAAGAACAUGGUAUAUCAGAAAAGACACCAUGUGGGAUUCCUCAACAAGAUAAUUUUAUUGAUAUGGGACAUGUAUUUGAUCCUGACCAAGAGGGCUGCAGCUCAUCCCAAACUGUGGUGCUUCAGGGAUGUGCUGGGAUUGGGAAAACAGCUGGGGUGCACAAGUUCAUGUUUGACUGGGCAGCAGGAAUGGUUACUCCAGGAAUGUUUGACUAUCUCAUCUAUGUAAACUGCAGAGAAAUAAGCCAUAUUGCUAACCUUAGUGCUGCUGACCUAAUCACUAACACUUUUCAAGAUAUAGAUGGACCAAUCCUGGACGUUAUUCUUGUGUAUCCAGAGAAGCUUCUUUUCAUACUUGAUGGAUUUCCUGAGCUCCAGCAUCCUGUAGGUAACCUGGAAGAGGAUCUUAGUGCUAACCCCCAGGAGCAGAAACCAGUAGAGACCCUCUUACGUAGUUUUGUGAGGAAAAAAUUGUUCCCUGAAUCCUCCCUGCUGAUAACUGCCCGGCCUGCAACCAUGAAGAAGCUCCACUCUCUGUUAAAACAAUCUAUCCAGGCCGAGAUCAUUUGGUUUACAAAUGCUGAAAAGAGAGCAUAUUUCUUGAGUCAGUUUUCAGGUGCUAAUGCAGCAAUGAGAGUCUUUUAUGAGCUGCAACAAAAUCAAAGCCUUGACAUUAUGUCCUCUCUUCCCAUCAUCUCCUGGAUGAUCUGUAGUGUCCUGCAGUCACAGGAAGAUGGUGACAGGAGUCUUAUGAGGUCACUUCAGACCAUGACUGAUGUGUAUCUGUUUUACUUUUCCAAGUGCCUCAAAACCCUUACAGGUAUCUCAGUGUGGAAGGGACAAAGUUGUCUGUGGGGCCUUUGCUCUUUGGCUGCAGAGGGACUACAGAACCAACAGGUCCUAUUUGAAGUCCGUGACCUCAGGAGACAUGGGAUAGGGGUAUAUGAUAUCAAUUGCACUUUUCUAAAUCACUUUUUGAAAAAAUCUGAAGGAAGUGUCAAUGUCUACACUUUCCUUCACUUCAGUUUCCAAGAGUUCUUGACUGCUGUGUUCUAUGCCCUAAAGAAUGACGGCAACUGGAUGUUUUUUGAUCAAGUGGGGAAAACGUGGCAAGAAAUAUUCCAACAAUAUGGGAAAGGGUUUUCAUCAUUAACGAUACAGUUCUUGUUUGGCCUCUUAUGUAAAGGAAAGGGAAAAGCUGUGGAAACUACUUUUGGAAGAAAAGUCUCCCCAGGACUUCGAGAGGAAUUAUUGAAAUGGACUGAGAAAGAAAUAAAGGAUAAAUAUUCUAUGUUACAGAUUGAGCCCAUGGACUUAUUUCACUGUUUGUAUGAGAUUCAGGAAGAAGAAUAUGCAGAAAAGAUAAUUGGUGAUUUACAAUCAAUUAUAUUGCUUCAACCUACCUACACAAAAAUGGACAUUCUGGCUAUGUCAUUCUGUGUAAAAAGCAGUCACAGUCAUCUGUCAGUGUCUCUGAAGUGUCAGCACCUAAUUGGAUUUGAGGAGGAAGAGCAAGCCUCUGCAUUCAUGAUACCAGUCUUUACACUUAAUCAGUCUUUCAAGCUACACAAUUUGCCAGUGUCUCGGCUACACUUGCUCUGCCAAGCACUACGUAAUCCAUGCUGUAAAAUCAAAGACCUGAAACUGAUUUUCUGCCACCUCACAGCUUCUUGUGGUAGGGACCUCUCUUUAGUAUUUGAAACUAACCAGUAUUUGACAGAUUUGGAAUUUGUAAAAAAUACCCUGGAAGAUUCAGGAAUGAGGCUUCUGUGUGAAGGAUUAAAGCAGCCAAACUGUGUCUUACAGACAUUGAGGUUGUACCGAUGCCUUAUAUCUCCUGCUUCUUGUGGGGCACUAGCAGCUGUUCUCAGCACCAGUCAGUGGCUCACUGAUCUGGAAUUUAGGGAAACAAAAUUGGAAGCUUCAGCUCUGAAAUUGCUCUGUGAAGGCUUAAAAGAUCCAAAUUGCAAAUUACAGAAGCUCAAGUUGUGUGCUAGCUUUCUCCCUGAAAGCUCAGAGGUUGUUUGCAACUAUCUUGCCUCUGUUCUCAUUUGCAAUCCAAACCUCACUGAGCUUGACCUGAGUGAAAAUCCCCUGGGGGAUACAGGGGUGAAGUAUCUUUGUGAAGGUCUCAGACAUUCCAACUGUAAAGUGGAGAAACUAGACUUGAGCACAUGUUACCUAACAGAUGCUAGCUGUAUGGAGCUCUCUUCUUUCUUGCAAGUGAGUCAGACUCUAAAAGAGUUGUUUGUGUUCGCCAAUACCCUAGGGGACAUAGGAGUACAGCAUCUCUGUGAAGGUCUGCAGCAUGCACAGGGUAUAAUCGAGAGUCUUGUGCUUUCCCAGUGUUCCCUUUCUGCUGCUUGUUGUGAGUCCCUCGCCCAAGUCCUGAGCUCCACCCGGAGCCUGACAAGGCUGCUUCUAAUUAAUAACAAAAUUGAAGAUUUGGGACUGAAAUGGCUGUGCGAAGGAUUAAAACAGCCUGACUGUCAGUUAAAGGAUCUGGCACUGUGGACCUGCCACCUGACUGGAGAGUGUUGUCAGGAUUUGUGCAAUGCACUCUACACCAAUGAGUACCUGAGAGACCUUGACCUCAGUGAUAAUGCCUUAGGGGAUGAGGGUAUGCAGGUGCUGUGCGAAGGGCUGAAACACCCCUCCUGUAAACUACAGACCUUGUGGUUAGCAGAAUGUCAUCUCACAGAUGCAUGCUGUGGAGCCCUUGCCUCUGUCCUCAACAGAAAUGAGAACCUGACACUGCUAGACCUAAGUGGAAAUGACCUCAAGGAUUUUGGAGUGCAAAUGCUGUGUGAUGCACUGAUUCAGCCAAUAUGUAAACUACAGACAUUCUACAUUGACUUGGAUCAUUUACAUGAAGAAACGUUCAGAAAGAUGGAAGCUUUAAAAAUGAGCAAGCCUGGAAUCACCUGGUAGUUUCCAAGGAAAGCCCCUGAAUCAGCUGCAUAUAGACUCCCUCGAUCUGCCCCCAUCUUUAACAGUUGUGCAAUAUCCUUGUUCUAAACCUGUUAACCAUUGCCAAGGACCCUAGUGUGAAACAAACAGCAGUGAUUUCGAUUUCUUACAUAGAAUCAUCCACUAAGUAGGAUGUGAAAGGCAGAGGCACUUUAGUUCAAAUGUCUUCAGCAAUAAUACCUUACAUUUAUAUGUUGUGUUAUAAUGUUUACUAUGUUCUCACAGAAACCCUCAAAAGAUGAGGCUCAGAGAGGCUGUGACUAGCUCUAGGUCACACAGCUCAUUAGUGAGAGAAUUGGGACUGGAAUCUAGCCAGGUUUUACAAUACCCAGACCAGACAGAGAAACAAUAGAAAAAGAAUGUGAAGGAGUCAACUUAAAGAAACAAGAUACUUGAAAUGAUUAAAGGGCAAGAGAGUAUACAAACAUAUAUCUUAUGGUGCUGAUUUUAAGUAAAACUAAUUCACAAAGGAAAGAGUGGAAUGAGUUCCAUUAAUAGGGAAAGGCUUCAUGGAGAUGCAACUUGAUGUGAGCCUUGAGAAUGAGCAGGAUUGAGAUGGGGGGAGUUACAUAGGCCAGUGGCUGUAAGACUGCAGGCAACAGGGCUGUGUUUGUGAGCCGCUCGCCAAAAGCGCCUAGGUAGAGAAAAAUGUUUGCAUUAGAGUUUCCUGAGCUGUGGCAGUAUCUACAUUCUAGCUGAGGGUGUUCUCUAGUUUCCAGGCUCAACUCCUUUUCUGAACUUCUAAUACCCCAUGUGUUUGUUCUUAUUCAUGGACUCCUAUGGCUGACUCACUCCUCAUCCGUGACAACAAAUUGCAUGGCCUAGCAUGGAUCCUACACAACCCCAUGUUUCUCUCUGCCUAGCCUCUACAAAACACCAGAUGAGACAAGUGGAGGAAGGGAAUGCCAGGCAAAGAAAAUAGCACAAAGCCCAUGAUAUAGGAGUUAAUGUGGUAUGGGAUGGGCAGAAAAGUAGGCUGACCUAAUUAAGAUACACAGGUGUCUCUGGAAGCUACUUGACUAGCUGUGUGACCCUGAACAAGUCAACUUGGAUUGUAACAGUUUCUAUUUUCUCAUCUGUAAAAUGGGGAUAACUUCACAUUAACCUUAUAUGGCUGUUGUUCCUGAUAUGGUGCUGACCCACAGUAGGUACUAUAAUGGUAGCUAUUUGUAUGAGUGUGUAAAUGUGAUACAGCUCAGCUGUGUAGUCUUUGAGCUCCCAGAUUUUCCUGCUGUGUAGUCAGUGUUAACUGUGCAUUUGCACUAAAUGUGUGUGCUGGAGACAGUAUAUCUAGUGGGGGAAGAGACACAUAGUGGGAAGUUACUGCCCGCUAGAGGUCUAGCUGCUCCAUGUCCUCGUCCAUCACCAUAUGUUGUUCCUUGCUGCCCUGGGAGAUGGUAACUUUCAGUCCGGAGACUACAUCUGGCCUGAGAUGGUCAAAACAGCACUUUGUUUCCAGUUUUCUUAAGUUCUUUCCUUUUAGUUAUUUAAAACUUAUUUAUUGACAAUUAUUAUGUGCCAGGUUUUGUGCUAAGUAUUGGCUUUACAGAGAUGAAUAUGCCUUUUCCUGUGCACAUGCCACUUCAUCUUCUCUGACUGCCCUGGUCCCUCUGUCAGUCUGGUAAAAAUCUGAUAAAACUCAGUCACAGUAAGAACUCAGAAAUAUAAUGUUGAAUGAAAGAUUGCAGAACUCUGUGUGUGGGUCUUUGUGUGUGUGUCCCAUUUGUGUAUAAAAGGAUAAAUACACAUGUAUGUGUGUGUGUCCAGAAUAUGUGUGGAAGAAUAUAUACAGGAAAUUGCCAAUAGGAGUUAUCUCUGUUAAGAGGAAUUUGGCAAAGAGGGGCCAUUUUUAUCUAUAGCCCUUUGUUCUACUUGAUGUUUUUACCAUGUGCAUGUAUUAAUUUUAUAAUUAAUAAACUUGAUGUUAAAAAUAAAACUCAUUUAUACUGAGGAGUUAUUUUUCUUCUUUU